GUGGCGGACAGGAACACGCUGAGAGAAGAUUAUCGCUUGGCGCUUGUGAAAGAGGUGUUUCCAGGAGAAGACGGAAGAGUGCGACGAGUGGCUAUUCAGUACGAAAGUUAUCGAACUGGGGAAAGAGCUCAUGAGUAAAGAGGUGCAAGAGACACUGUAGUCUCGAGAGCAGUCACGUCUUGCCCUGCUUGUUCCGCCGGAGUAAAGCCUGUAACUGAAGUCAACAAAUGUAAGGAAUGUGACAAUGAACAGUUUGCUGAACUGAUAUUUAGCGUUUGGUUUUGUUUUGCUUAAGAAGUGUUAUCGCAGCGACCCCCACCCUCCCGUUGUGCUGGGAAUAUAGCUUUAAGUGAACGUUUACUCGCUGCGAUUAGUUUAGAGUUCGCGGGGUGUCGUUUUUUUACCCAUCGUCCCUCGCAGGCGUGUCGAACAUGUGCUUUUCCAAAAGAAAGGGCGCCGCCAUAUUUUGCGCCUGGAUUUGUGUACAAGUUUCUUUCGUGUUUCACUAGGACGGUAUUGAUCUACAAGCAGCGUAUAACGAGCAAAAUGUUUUCAUAAAUUUGUUAUGCAGGUUUUACCACUACACUAAAGUCACUUCAGUUAUGACAAUACUACACUAUAUCACACAGUAACGCCAUCAGCAGACUACAGCUCGUUUUAAUUCACUUUAAUUUGGGGUACAUCUAAAACACAGACUCAGAAGACUGAGCCGACACAGUGUGGUGUAGGGUUAUUGUGAUAACUGAAGGGAUCUGGUUCCCAGUGUCUAAAUUCAUGGUUUCUUUAUCCCAGUGAGAAAGAACAGGCUUGAUUGCAUUGUGUUAAGGUCAUUGAGACCAUAGUCUCGACUGAAUAAAUGAAUGAUGUCUUUGUAAACAUUCACAGGAGGAAUGCUACAUGUAGAGCCAGAGUCUAUCUGUUAGCUAACAGGAAUCCUUUUCUUAAUUGACAGCAGUAGGUUUGAAAAAGCUUUCCUCUGCUCAUGGUUUUCGGGUUGAGUGCCCCGUUUUUGUCAAUAACUUCACAGUAGUGAUCCUUCGCCAUCUUCCUCCACUCUCAGUACAAAUGGUUUUGCGGAUGAUUUUGAUUGUUUUUGAUCUGAGUGUUUCUCUUGCAAAAUCCCUUUUUGGGAAUGUUUACUCUUCUUUGAGUCUUGAAAGUGAUUUUUGAUAUUCCACUUUCUGUAGACUGUUCCCCACGUGGGGCCGAGUUUCUUGUCUAAAAAGCCAUGAGCUCCCAUUUUACUGGCACAACGAUUACAAAAAGGGACUUUUUUAGGCUUAUUUUCAGAAACAGCUUUUAUGCUCUCCUUUGCAGGAGGUCGGUUCGCACUACACUUAAAUACUCUUGAACUUUAAAUUAAGUACUUUCAUAAGCCUUGCCAAUUGUUAAAGCUUCACCUCUUGUUCUUUCGGUUGUCUAUCAGAUACACCGUAAAAAGAUAAUCUCCACCUUGUUUAAUCUUCGUCUACAUAAUUGCAGUCUCUGCAGGGGUUGUCUCUCCAGGUUUUUGCAGUCGUUCUUUAAAUUUCGUUUAGAAGCAACAAUCUCGUUACAUUCUGGACUUACUGCUCUCUCUAACUUCGUCCCGGACAUUGCAGUUCGUAGUCGUAAUACAUCGUCACCUUGA